AAAUAUGCCAGAGGCUCCAAGUGCCAAUGCCUUGAACACAUCUGUCCCGCGUCUCACACCACCAUCCAAGAACACCGGGACUCGCCCUUGUGCCCCCUUCACCACCUGCGCAUUGUGAUGUUAUGUUUAUGCCAAGUGAAGUACGAAAUUACUUGGUUAAAUGUACAAGCACAUACCUCCUCAAGUGCCCUAAUGGUAGCAGGGACAUAAUCAAGUUGACGAGCACCAUGGUUGGACACAAUGAUUCCUGC